CCUACCUGAGAUAUAUAGUAGACAGUUAGACACACACCAUAAACCAUCCAUAUGCAAGGCUUAAUCUAUAUUAAUAUCUGUGAUAUACACAUGCAUUAAACAUAAGGAUAACCUCACUAAAAUUAUGGAAAAUUCAAAAGCUAAAAUGAGCAAUUCGAGUAAAAGGAGGGUAAAGACACUGAAAAGAAUGAUACCUCAGAAAAUGAAGAACAAUUUUAGCACAGUUCCAAAUAUUCAAGUGAUUGCCGAGUCGGAAACUGAUACGAGACCUAGUCAACAGUCAAAUACAACAGACCUUUUCGAAAAUGAUGUUUGCGAAAGUAAUCGUAUUGAUCAAAGAAGUACAAAUAGAGAUGACUUAAAAAAAGUGAAAAAGCGAAAACUCUCCACAACCGGCGAUUCUCCUGAAAAAUCCGCUAAAGCGGUACAACAAAUAUGCAACAAUGUAAAUAAAGAAACAGUAGAAAAAGAAAUUCUUGAUGAAGAUGAAGCCAACAUUAGAGAUGAAGAUAUUGAUAAGUUUUGUGAUGAAUUAGAUGAUGCUGAUAAUGAACAAUAUGAAGCAUGGGUGAAAUUAGUAGAAGAAAAACUCAGUGAGAAAAAAUAAUAAAUGUUAAUUAUGUGACGUGACUAAA